GAAGCGGCCGGAGGAGGCGGGGGAGAGGCCAGUCGGCGCCUGGGCGCCCGGGGUGGCACGAGCCCGCGGCCCGAGUGCGAGGCGGAGGCGAGGAGGCCGCGGGGACGGGAGGCGAGGCCGGCCGGGCCCCCGCAGCCAUGGAGAACGCGCACACAAAGACGGUGGAGGAGGUGCUGGGUCACUUCGGCGUCAACGAGAGCACCGGGCUGAGCCUGGAGCAGGUCAAGAAGCUCAAGGAGAGAUGGGGCUCCAACGAGUUACCGGCUGAAGAAGGAAAAACCUUGCUGGAACUUGUGAUUGAGCAGUUUGAAGAUUUACUAGUUAGAAUUUUAUUGCUGGCAGCCUGUAUAUCUUUUGUUUUGGCUUGGUUUGAAGAAGGUGAAGAAACAAUUACAGCCUUUGUAGAACCCUUUGUAAUUUUACUUAUAUUAAUAGCCAAUGCAAUUGUGGGUGUAUGGCAGGAAAGAAAUGCUGAAAAUGCAAUCGAAGCCCUUAAGGAGUAUGAGCCUGAAAUGGGCAAGGUAUAUCGACAGGACAGAAAGAGUGUACAACGGAUUAAAGCUAAAGACAUAGUUCCUGGUGAUAUUGUAGAAAUUGCUGUUGGUGACAAAGUUCCUGCUGAUAUAAGAUUAACUUCCAUCAAAUCUACCACUCUAAGAGUCGACCAGUCAAUUCUCACAGGUGAAUCUGUCUCUGUCAUCAAGCACACUGACCCUGUCCCUGACCCACGGGCUGUCAACCAAGAUAAGAAGAACAUGCUCUUUUCUGGUACAAACAUUGCUGCUGGCAAAGCCAUGGGAGUGGUGGUGGCAACUGGAGUUAACACUGAAAUUGGCAAGAUCCGGGAUGAAAUGGUGGCAACAGAACAGGAGAGAACACCUCUCCAGCAGAAACUAGAUGAGUUUGGGGAACAGCUUUCCAAAGUCAUCUCCCUUAUUUGCAUUGCAGUCUGGAUCAUAAACAUUGGGCACUUCAACGACCCUGUUCAUGGAGGCUCCUGGAUCAGAGGUGCUAUUUACUACUUUAAAAUUGCAGUGGCCCUGGCUGUAGCAGCCAUUCCUGAAGGUCUACCUGCUGUCAUCACCACCUGCCUGGCUCUUGGAACUCGCAGAAUGGCAAAGAAAAAUGCCAUUGUUCGAAGCCUCCCUUCCGUGGAAACCCUUGGUUGUACUUCUGUUAUCUGCUCAGACAAGACUGGUACACUUACGACGAACCAGAUGUCAGUCUGCAGAAUGUUCAUUCUGGACAAAGUUGAAGGUGAUACUUGUUCCCUAAAUGAGUUUACCAUAACUGGAUCAACAUAUGCACCUAUUGGAGAAGUACAUAAAGAUGAUAAACCAGUGAAAUGUCAUCAAUAUGAUGGUCUUGUAGAAUUGGCAACAAUUUGUGCUCUUUGUAAUGACUCUGCUUUGGAUUACAAUGAGGCGAAAGGUGUGUAUGAAAAAGUUGGAGAAGCUACAGAGACGGCUCUCACUUGCCUGGUAGAGAAGAUGAAUGUAUUUGAUACCGAAUUGAAGGGUCUUUCUAAAAUAGAACGAGCAAAUGCCUGCAACUCGGUCAUUAAACAGUUGAUGAAAAAAGAAUUUACUCUAGAGUUUUCACGCGAUAGAAAAUCAAUGUCGGUUUAUUGUACACCAAACAAACCGAGCCGGACAUCGAUGAGCAAAAUGUUUGUGAAGGGUGCUCCUGAAGGUGUCAUUGACAGGUGCACCCACAUUCGAGUUGGAAGUACUAAAGUCCCUAUGAUCCCUGGAGUCAAACAGAAGAUCAUGUCUGUCAUUCGGGAAUGGGGUAGUGGCAGCGACACACUGCGAUGCCUGGCUCUGGCGACUCAUGACAACCCACUGAGAAGAGAAGAAAUGAACCUUGAGGACUCUGCCAACUUUAUUAAAUAUGAGACCAAUCUGACUUUCGUUGGCUGCGUGGGCAUGCUGGACCCUCCAAGAAUUGAAGUGGCCUCUUCUGUGAAGCUGUGCCGGCAAGCAGGCAUCCGGGUCAUCAUGAUCACAGGGGACAACAAGGGCACUGCCGUGGCCAUCUGUCGCCGCAUUGGCAUCUUUAGGCAGGAUGAGGAUGUGACGUCGAAGGCUUUUACAGGUCGAGAGUUUGACGAGCUCAAUCCUUCAGCCCAGAGAGAUGCCUGCUUGAAUGCCCGCUGUUUCGCUCGAGUUGAACCUUCCCACAAGUCUAAAAUUGUAGAAUUUCUCCAGUCUUUUGAUGAGAUUACAGCUAUGACUGGGGAUGGUGUGAAUGAUGCUCCUGCUCUGAAGAAAUCCGAGAUUGGCAUUGCCAUGGGCUCUGGCACCGCAGUGGCUAAAACCGCCUCUGAGAUGGUCCUGGCUGAUGACAACUUCUCCACCAUUGUGGCUGCCGUCGAAGAGGGGCGGGCAAUAUACAACAACAUGAAGCAGUUCAUCCGCUACCUCAUCUCGUCGAAUGUAGGGGAAGUUGUCUGUAUUUUCCUGACAGCAGCUCUUGGAUUUCCUGAGGCUUUAAUUCCUGUCCAGCUGCUCUGGGUCAAUCUAGUAACAGAUGGCCUGCCUGCCACUGCACUGGGGUUCAACCCUCCCGAUCUGGACAUCAUGAACAAACCACCUCGGAACCCGAAGGAACCACUGAUCAGUGGGUGGCUCUUUUUCCGUUACCUGGCUAUUGGCUGUUACGUCGGUGCUGCUACCGUGGGUGCUGCUGCGUGGUGGUUCAUUGCUGCCGACGGUGGUCCAAGAGUGUCCUUCUACCAGCUGAGUCAUUUCCUACAGUGUAAAGAAGACAACCCAGACUUUGAAGGAGUGGAUUGUGAAGUCUUUGAAUCCCCGUACCCGAUGACAAUGGCACUCUCUGUUCUAGUAACCAUAGAGAUGUGUAACGCCCUCAACAGUUUGUCUGAAAACCAGUCCCUGCUGAGGAUGCCCCCUUGGGAGAAUAUCUGGCUUGUGGGCUCCAUCUGCCUGUCCAUGUCACUCCACUUCUUAAUCCUCUAUGUGGAACCCUUGCCUCUUAUCUUCCAGAUCACACCGCUGAAUUUGACCCAGUGGCUGAUGGUGCUGAAAAUCUCCUUGCCUGUGAUUCUAAUGGAUGAAACGCUCAAAUUUGUGGCCCGCAACUACCUGGAACCUGGUAAAGAGUGUGUGCAGCCUGCCACCAAAUCCUGCUCGUUCUCGGCAUGCACCGAUGGGAUUUCCUGGCCAUUUGUGCUGCUCAUAAUGCCCCUCGUGAUCUGGGUCUAUAGCACAGACACUAACUUUAGUGAUAUGUUUUGGUCUUGACUGACAAUUUUACAUAAAAAAGAUGUUUAACUUAAUCAAUUAAUUUUUUAUUGUUUAAAGCAACUGUCUACUUCUGCUGAAUUUUCACAUGAACAUAUUGGCUGGUGAAGGUUUCAUACUCUAGAUUUUGUUUCGCUUUUUCUGACUCCAGUGGGGCAAGAUUUUCCUUUUUUAUACACAUAAUUAAAGUGUCCAUUGACAUGUACAGAGAACUAACACUAUUUUAUGCAAAUAUUUUUUUGUAGAUGAAAAAGCAUGUACAGUGUUCUGUUUAAUACUCAUCCUUGUAUAAAAAAAUAGUUGAGCCAGCAGACAUUGUCAGCAAAUUAAUUGGCAGCAGAUUUUAGGACAUGAAUGUGUGUGGUUUUUUCUAAAACUAAAUAGCAUGUAUUGUGUCUUUUGCAUGAUUAUCUGGAUUUAAUCUGAGAUCACAGUCUAAUUUUUAUUCAUAAGCCAAUUUUUCUGCACUGAGCAGAGUACUGCUACCUCAGUCAGUAUUUUUUGGUUUGCCACUCCCCUCACCCCUCUCGGCCCUCCUUCACCUCCACCCCCCACUCCAAGCCCCACUCGGCUGCUUCUCCUGUAGGGUUUCGAUGGUUCUGUUUACAUCAGUCUUAACAAGAGGUAUGCCUGUUCUCGCUUGUGCAGAAAACAUUGUUCCAGAUUCAAUCGACUGGGCUCAUGUCCCCUCACAUAGUUUUUAAGGUUAUUUAUUUAAAUGUCUAAUGUAUUUUAUUGUAACAGACAUUGUUUUGCCAACAUCGCCUAUUUCAGUGGCACUUCACAAUCUAGUUUAAAAAAAAAAUAAAACAUUUUAAAUGGACAGAAAAAUAACUGUCUUGUUUUUAACUCUUAAGUGGCUUAGCUUGAACUAUCUAAUAGAUGUGUCCAACUUUCUCUUAAGUUGUUAGCUCAGAACUUUAGUUUUACUUUGCUUGAGGGGAAGAAGGAUCCUGUUCUGCUGCAAAGGUAGUUGUAGGAAUUUUAUUUUUUAAUGUAUAGGUACUAAUUGUCAUCUGUGAUACAUUUUAUGCAAGUUUCUGCUGGCCUGUUUUAGCCUGGUGUAGAGAACAUAAGGGCAAGUGUGUGUGUGUGCGUGUAUGUGUUUUGUAAAAUCUGUAAAUAGCACAUGACCAAAUGAACAUAUUGUAUAGAACUAUUUUUAUUUGAAUGUGGCACUAACCACCACCAUCGUUACUAUGAUAAAUGUUUGCGCAUGUUCGA